UGUCUUUUUAACAAGAACUUUAAGGAUGUCACUUCAGCUAUUGUUGUCAAAAGCCUCUCAAAUUUGGCAAUAUGUCUGCACUGUAUUCAAAAAGUGUACUAGGUCGAUCCUUCAACACCAAGUUGUAAAAUACGAUAUAGUUCCUUUAUCACCUUUAUCGAAGCAUAGGUUAAGCAUUGUUAAAAGAAAAAUUCUCGUUCUUGAUUUAGACGAAACAUUAGUACAUUCACAUCAUAAUGGAGUCGUUAGACAAACAGUAAGACCAAAAAUGCCGCCUGAUUUUGUAUUAGAUCUUAUAAUAGAGAGGCAUCCUGUCCAAUUUUUUGUGCAUAAGAGACCACACGUUAACUAUUUUUUAGAUAUUGUUUCCCAAUGGUAUGAAUUAGUGAUUUUCACUGCUAGUAUUGAAGUAUACGGUACAGAAGUAGCUGAUAGAUUAGAUGCUGGUACAGGUAUUCUAUCCAGGAGAUUUUACAGGCAACAUUGCACUCAAGAAAUGGGUUCCUUUACUAAAGAUUUAAGUACUGUUAGCAAUGAUCUUUCUAGCAUUUUUAUAAUAGAUAAUAGUCCUGGUGCAUAUAGAGCAUAUCCAAAUAAUGCAAUUCCUAUAAAGUCAUGGUUUUCUGACCCGACAGACAUAGCUUUGCUUAAUCUUUUACCGUUACUAGAUGCUCUCAGGUUCACAUCCGAUGUAAGAUCUGUAUUAUCGAGAAAUUUACAUUUGAACAAACUAGGAUAGAACGUAAGUGUCCCCGUAUGAAACCCUUCCAAAAUUUUGCUUUUAUUGUAUACUAAUCAGUAGAAGAAAGUAAAUAUUAGCUUAUAUCUUAAGAGAAAAAAUGUUUUUUAAUAAACAGAUAACUAU